AAAAAAAUUUAAUGAAGUUAAUCUCCUCUGGAUCUGGCUGUUGGGUGCCCAAAUUUCUAUGAAGUGCCUGUUCAGAGACCAACUUAGUCUCAUGUGAGACUGUCAGCUUUCUCUUCUCUAGGGUCUGUUAACCCACUUUUACCUUUUCUCCUCAAUCUUCUGCACAACCUCAUUGUAGGGUCUCCCUGGAAGAAGAAUUGAACAAUUAGCAAAUUUUUUGGUAUGUUUAGAAGAGAAACUGUUAAGAAGAAAAUCUGGAUUAUAAUGGAGAGUAUAAAAAGAAAAAAUAAUUUGAGAUUCUCCAUUUACUAUCCAGAAAAAAUAUUUUUAGCAUUUUGGUAUAUUUACUUCCAACCCAUUUUUAGUGGUGUGUGUACCAUUCCAUGGGCUUCCUUUCUUUAUUCCUUCUUUUUUCUUUUCUUUUUCUUUUUGAAAAAUUAUGGACUGCCUAUUUCUCUUUUUCUUUCUUUCUUUCUUUCUUUCUUUCUUUCUUUCUUUCUUUCUUUCUUCUAUCUAUCUAUUGUAUAGACAUGUAUAUUAUGUGUGCACUUAUUAGACAUGUAUUUGUUGCAUAAUUCCUAUCAGAUGGAUAUAAUUCAUUCUUCAUUUAUUUGUAUUGUUUUUCAUAUUAUUAUAAAUAAUCUCCUAAAAGCUUCUUAUACAUAUAUCCUGAUACGUAUCUGUGAUUAUUUCUUUAAAAUAAAUAAUUGGAAGUAGAAGUAUUAAGUCAAAGAGAAUGGACACUCAUUGUCACUAAUAUGCUAAUAUUCCAUUUACUUACCAAGGAAAACAUCCUAAAAUUUUUUCCAGUUUCCCAGUGUUUUCCAGAUUUUCUAUUUUCUCCCCCAUGCAAACUCAUUCCCAGAGUGAGGAAAAUGCAUUUGCUCUUUCCAAUAAGAAAUCUGGAAAAAAAAAGCGGUCUUCUUUCUCACCUGUUUUGUAGCUAUGAGGCUACUUUGGGCAGUUGUGGGAUAGGACAAAUCACAUUGUCUUUCAAAUGGGAAGAUUGGGUCUAUGAUGUACUAAUUUGGGGCAAACCACUGAACCCUAAGUGUCUUAGAUGCUCCAUCUGCAAAAUGGGAAUAAUAGUUAUCUAAUAUAUGAGAUUGAUAUGCCAUUAAAUAAUACAUACAAAACCUCUUUAUAAACUAGAAAGUGCCAUAAGGGACCAUUCUUGUCUUCUAUUAUUAUUAGCAUUUUACUACUCUUUUUUAAAAUACUGGUCUCUAAAAUUCCCCAGAUAGGGAAUAGGGAGAGAAGGCAAACUGGUGUCUUCAAAGGUCCCCAGUUUAUAAUUCUGAAGGAAUUAGAAAAGAGAGGCUCGGCGUCUACUCAUGAGUCAGCCUACCCGUGAAAAUUCACAGACAAGCUCAAGCUGGAAAACACGCAAAUACACACGGGACUCGAGAACCAGUUAGGGAACAACAUGUAGCGACUGACCUACAGUGGGCGGGUACCCAUCGGCAGGGCCUGGCUCCGUCCAUGCUGAAGAAACAGGGGAAUGUGUCUGGUUGAAAACUCCUGUCGGGAGGCAGUCAGGUCUGAAGCUGUUGAAUGAUUUGUGAAAAGAUGCAGACAAGUGCACCAGGGACAAAGCAAAUGCUCGGACCCCUCGGAGCAGAGAGCGGUGUCCCACUUGGCCACGCAGAAGCUAAGACCUUGAAGAAGAUGGUCGAAAUUGUGGCUUCAACGAGGUAGAAGAGGUUGACAGAUUUGUUUCAGGUAAACAAAAAUCUGAGGUUGUAAUUCAUGAGAAAGUUCGUCUCAAGUUGAUGAGUUUUCUAUUCCUUUAGCUCCAGCUCCCUCCGAACACCAAACUAGGACACCUCUUCCAAACUUGCCCUGGGUGUUUUCCGCCUCUCACCUACAGGCGCAGGAGGCCCCAUUAACCUGGCACAUCUGAGGGGCAGGUCCUUGUUGCCCCUUCUUCUAGUCCUGAGCGGGCGCUGGGUGCUGGCCCGGUCUGACUGACUGAGUCUCCACCCCUUAGACACAGCAUUCAUCGAUGAAGAGAGAGAACCAUACCGCGGUGGGUGAAUUUGUUCUCCAGGGUUUUUCCAGCUUUCGUGAACACAAGAUCAUCCUCUUUGUGAUAUUUCUUACCUUGUACCUUUUAACUCUGGCUGGCAAUGUCAUCAUUGUGACAGUCACCAGCUUUGCUCGUCACCUGCACACCCCCAUGUACUUCUUCCUUGGUGUUCUUUCCACUUCUGAGACUGUCUACACACUGGUCAUUGUACCGCGGAUGCUUUGCAGCCUCACAGGCCUGGGUCAGCCCAUCUCCUUGGCUGGCUGUGCCACCCAGAUGUUCUUCUUCAUCACCUUGGCCAUCAACAACUGCUUCCUGCUCACUGCAAUGGGGUACGACCGCUACGUGGCCAUCUGCAACCCCUUGAGGUACACGGUCAUCAUGAACAAGAGGGCGUGUGCCCUGCUCGUAUCAGGGGCUUGCAGUAUUGGGCUGUUUGUGGCCAUAAUUCAGAUUUCCUCUGUAUUCAGACUGCCCUUUUGUGACAGAGAGGUGGCCCACUAUUUCUGUGACAUCCGCCCAGUUAUGAAACUCUCCUGUGCUGAUACCAGUCUACAUGACAUAAUUAAUUUUAUCAUCAGCUCACUCGUUAUUGUGGUCCCCAUGGGCCUGGUCUUCAUCUCCUACGUCCUCAUCAUCUCCACCAUCCUCAAGAUCCCCUCCGCCCGGGGCCGGAAGAAGGCCUUUGCCACCUGCGCCUCUCACCUCACGGUGGUCGUCGUCCACUACGGCUGUGCCUCCGUCGCCUACCUCAAGCCCAAGUUGGAGAACACCAGGGAUCAGGACCAGCUGAUCUCGGUGACCUACACCGUCAUCACCCCCCUGCUGAACCCGGUGGUGUAUACCCUGAGGAACAAGGAGGUCAAGGAUGCUCUUCACCGUGCUAUUCGCAAAAACCCUCUUGCUUAGGAUCUAUGGCAGUUUGCCUGUCGUCUUCUGGGUAUUUCAUAAUCUCAAAAAAAAAAAAUUGGAUUUAUUCUCUACCCAGAAAAAGUUGCAGGAUGUGGUGGUGGCUUCAGUGAGGAGUCUAGAGUUGCCCUGAC